UAGGGUUUUAGGUUGUUGGUCGUGUUGUUGUAUACUAUUAGUAUAGCAGAAUCCACCUGUGACAGCGUAGCAGAACACCAAACAUAUCGCUAUGACUGCUGAGACCCAGACCCAAGAGGAGCUUCUUGCGGCGCACCUCGAACAACAAAAGAUCCAUGAUGAUGAGCCUUUAGUUGAGGAUGAUGAUGAUGAUGACGAGGAAGAUGAUGACGAUGAUGAGGAUGAUGACAAUGCUGAAGGUCAAGAAGGUGAUGCAUCUGGUAGGUCCAAGCAAACCAGAAGUGAAAAGAAGAGUCGUAAGGCAAUGCUUAAACUUGGAAUGAAACCUGUUGUAGGUGUCAGUCGUGUAACUGUCAAGAAAAGCAAGAACAUCCUGUUUGUUAUCUCAAAACCAGAUGUUUUCAAGAGCCCAACUUCUGACACAUAUAUUAUAUUCGGGGAAGCUAAGAUUGAAGACUUGAGCUCACAGUUACAAACUCAGGCAGCAGAGCAAUUCAAGGCUCCUAAUUUGAGCAAUGUGGGAGCGAAGCCUGAACCCUCUGCUGCUGCUCAAGAUGAUGAGGAAGUAGAUGAGACUGAUGUAGAUCCCAAGGAUAUAGAGUUGGUAAUGACUCAAGCUGGUGUGGUAAGAUCAAGAGCUGUCAAGGCUCUCAAAGCUGCCAAUGGUGACAUUGUUGCUGCCAUUAUGGAGUUAACUAAUUAAUGGUCAGAUUUGGCAGAAUUUUAGAAUUUUCAAUAUGGAGCUAUUUUUCUGUUAGUUGAAAUUUUUGCUCUCUUUUGGUUUGAUAAGUGGUUUGCGAAUAUUUACGUUUGUUUUAUUCUAUUUUCUGAGUAAUUGUCUGCAUAGAAGGAAAAAACUAUCGACUCAUUCCCUACAAUUGUAUGUUUAAUGCCAAGAAGAAUGACAGACAUAAUUAGCAAUUAUCUAGUAUCUAUGUUACUAGAGUGCAA